CUAGUUCCCGCCGAUAUCAGUGCAUGUUAUAAAAUUGUCUAGGAAACAGUGCCGCAAUGUCUCGUUUCGUCUUCGUUCUGCUCGCUGUUCUCGCAGCGUUUUCCGCUAGUUCGAAUGGAGAGGAGUGUCCCGUGAAUCAGGAGUACAAUGUCUGCGGGACAGCUUGCGAACCCACUUGCAGUCAACCCGAUCCGUACGCCUGCACUUAUAACUGCAUUAUCGGCUGCCAGUGCAAGCCAGGAUUCGUGAGAAACUCGGUUGGAGCUUGUGUCACCCUGCAGGAGUGCUAGCCUAAUUACUGACAGCCUAAUUUAUCGAUGAUCUACCCAUUCAUGUCGAUCCCCGAAUAUCUCCUUCCGUUUGGACGCCGCUCCAAAGUGUAAUGCCUCGGCAGGUGAAUAAAUAAACGUUGAAUGUUACUGCAUUU